AUGACUACAGUAGUGGUACAUGUGGACUCCAAAGCUGAGCUCACUGCCUUGCUGGAGCAGUGGGAAGAGGGCCAUGGAAGUGGGCAGGAUAUGGUACCUAUCCUUACCAGGAUGUCAGAAUUAAUUGAAAAAGAAACUGAAGAAUAUCAUAAAGGAGAUCCAGACCCACUUGAUGAUCGACAUCCUGGUCGAGCUGAUCCAGAGUGUAUGCUGGGCCACUUGCUGAGAGUAUUCUCCAAGAAUGAUCAUUUCAUGAAUGCACUGGUGAACGGGUAUGUGAUGACAAGUAGAGAGCUCUCUUUAAAUACUGCAGCUUGCAGACUGCUCCUGGACCUCUUGCCAGGUCUAGAAACUGCAGUUGUCUUUCAAGAAGAGGAAGGGAUUGUAGAAAAUCUUUUCAAAUGGGCCCAAGAGGCUGAUCAGCCACUGAGGACAUAUUCUACAGCACUGUUAGGAGGUGCUAUGGAAAAUCAAGAGAUUGCUGCAAACUAUAGAGAUGAAAAUUCACAGCUGGUGGCAAUAGUGCUUCGCAGACUGAGAGAGCUACAAGUUCAGGAAGUGGCUUUGCGGCAGGAAAGUAAGUGUCCUAGUCCACAGAAGCUUUCAUCAGAGCCACGUUUGCCUCUGGAUGAGGAAGCUGUGAAUAUGGACUAUGGUGACAUGGCAGUAGAUAUUGUGAAUAGAGAGCAUGGUGACAGAGAGAAUGUUAGGAGAGGCCAGCAGAAGUUGGAUUUCUCACCUUCUGAGCCAGAUGGUGUGUUUGCUGAGCUGUCUAAUAGCAGCUGGUCAGAAAUGUCCCCCUGGGUGAUUGGCACCAAUUAUACCCUCUAUCCAAUGACUCCCACUAUUGAACAGAGACUUCUUCUCCAGUACGUGACCCCUGUAGGAGAGUAUCAGGAGUUACUUCCCAUAUUCAUGCAACUUGGAUGCCGAGAAUUGUUGAUGUUUUAUAUGGAUCUGAAACAGACUAAUGAUGUCCUGCUUACUUUUGAGGCACUCAAGCACCUAGCAUCUCUCCUGAUCCAUAACAAAUUUGCCAUAGACUUUGUUGUACAUGGUGGAGUACAGAAACUACUGAAAAUUCCUCGGCCUUCUAUGGCUGCAACUGGUGUAUCUAUAUGCUUGUAUUACCUGUCCUCCAACCAGGAUGCUAUGGAAAGAGUUUGCUUGCAUCCCAACAGUGUUCUAUCUGCUGUGGUGAACUAUGCCCUAUGGUUAAUGGAAUGUUCUCAUGCUUCAGGAUGCUGCCAUGCUACAAUGUUUUUCUCAGUUUGCUUCUCAUUCCGGGCUGUCUUGGAACUCUUUGACUAUUAUGAUGGUCUGCGUCGUCUAGUGAACUUGAUCAGUACUCUGGAGAUUUUAAAUUUGGAAGACCAGGGUGCACAUGUGAGUGAUGAUAAAAUCCUUGCUACCUGCCAAAGGGGCAAAUAUACCUGCAUGGCUCUGCGAAAGUAUUUUGAGGCUCACUUGGCCAUUAAACUGGAGCAAGUCAAGCAGUCACUUCAGAGGACUGAGGGUGGUAUUCUUGUGCACCCUCAACCUCCAUACAAGGCAUGCUCAUACACUCGUGAGCAGAUUGUGGAAAUGAUGGAGUUUUUGAUAGAAUAUGGCCCAGCUCAGUUUUAUUGGGAACCUGCUGAAAUCUUCCUCAAGCUUUCUUGUGUGCAGCUCUUGGUGCAGCUUAUUUCCAUCUCCUGCAAGUGGAAGACCUAUCAUGGAAGGAAUGACACUGUGCGCUUUGCUUUGGACGUCCUGGCUAUCCUCACUGUGGUGCCAAAAAUCCAGCUCCAAUUGGCAGAGUCGGUGAAGGUCUUGGAUGAACAUGGCUCUACUGAAUCCACUGUAGGUAUCAACAUCAUUUUGGGAGUGGCUGAAGGUGAAUACUUUAUUCAUGAUGCUGAAAUCCAGAAGUCAGCCCUUCAAGUAAUCAUCAAUUGUGUGUGUGGCCCAGAUAACCGAAUAUCCAGUAUUGGUAAAUUUACUUCUGGAACUCCUCAGAGAAAGCUAUUUCAGAACCCCAAGAGCAGUGAACAUAUCUUGGCCAAGAUGUGGAAUGUGGUCCAGUCCAACAAUGGCAUCAAGGUGCUUCUGUCCCUAUUGUCCAUCAAGAUGCCCAUCACAGAUGCAGACCACAUCAGGGCCCUGGCCUGCAAGGCCCUAGUGGGCUUGUCUCGAAGUAGCACUGUUGGACAGAUCAUCAGCAAAUUGCCCCUUUUUAGUAGCUGCCAGAUUCAACAGCUGAUGAAGGAGCCAGUGCUGCAGGACAAGCUUAGCAACCAUGUCAAUUUCUGCAACUAUGCAGCUGAGCUCAUUGAGAGAGUAUCAGGAAAACCUCUUCUGGUUGGCACUGAUAUGUCCCUGGCCCAACUACAGAAAGCAGGUGUUGUUGCCCAGUCAAGGAUCUCCUUCCCUGAGAAAGAACUGCUCCUGUUGAUAAGAAACCAUCUCAUUUCUAAAGGACUUGGAGAGACAGCCACUGUGCUGACCAGAGAGGCUGACCUGCCCAUGAAUGCAGCCUCACAUUCUUCUGCCUUCACCCCUGUGACUGCUGCUGCUUUUCCACUCUCUCUUCCCUGGACUCCUCGAAUUGGCAAUGGCAUUGCUGGCCAACUGGGCAACCAUACAGCUGUGGGUGCUUCUGCCCCUUCUGCCUGCCUUGCUGAACCUCUGCCAUGCGUAGCUCAGGAUUCAUUGGCUUUGCCUGGCCCAUCAUAUGCAGACAACUCCUCUUUAAUUGGCAGGACCAGUUUUAUCAGAGAGAGGCCAUCACUGUGCAAUGGCAGGAAAGUUCAAGUGUUGCAGCAGAAGUCAGACCAUGGUGCUAAUAGCCAGAGCCCUGCUGAAAAAACACACUUGGAUAGACAUCUUCCUUCCCCACCAACACUGGACAGUAUCAUCACAGAGCAUCUUAGGGAGCAACAUGCUCACUGCAAGAACCCCAUUGCCACGUGUCCACCUUUUUCUCUCUUUACUCCUCACCAGUGUCCUGAGCCAAAACAGAGGCGGCAAAUGCCAAUCAACUUUAUCUCUAGGCUAAACAGCAGGGCAUUGUUUCCAAAAUAUGGAGGAGUAGAUGGCAGAUUCUUUGAUAGGCACCUUAUCUUCAGCAGAUUUCAUCCUAUUUCAGUGUUCCGGGAAGCUCAUGAAUAUGAGAGUGCCUUUACCCAUUGUGCAUUCUCAGCCUAGGAGAUGUACCUGAUUAUUGGUACCUACACAAGGCAGCUGAAGCUCUACAAUGUACUUAGUGGACAGGAAGAGGCCAGCUAUAACUGGGACUACCUCCUAUAUCCAGGGACUACUUCCUAG